UAUUAAACAUGGCGGAAAGAAGUAAAGAACCUGGAUCAUUCGAUCUAAAACAGUUUUCAUUUCCAACAGAACAGAUUCCAAGAUUAAGUAUUAAUGACCCAGAAGCAUCGAGUAGAAUUUCCAGAGCGCUUCCUGUAGUGUUAACAGAUACCAAUCUGGUGACCUCAGCUUUGCACUGGGACCUGGACUACCUGUCUAAAAAUAUUGGCGAUGGAGAAUUUGUUGUACAUAUUUCUAAAAACAAAAAUUUCCAAUAUUUUGAUGAUAAAAAAAUGACAAAUGUGAAGGAAUUCAGAAAGCCCAGCGAAAAACAAGACAUGAAAUUUUCAGAAUUUGUGGAAAAACUGCAUCAGGCAAAGCCUGGAGAGGACAGACUUUACUUACAACAGAUUCUACAUGAUACAGUGGGGAAGAAAGUCAUCCAAGAUUUCCUUGGUUUUAACUGGCGUUGGGUGACAAUGCAACAGAAAGACAAUAAUUUUGGAGAAAUGACCUCAAAUCUUCUUUUGGUUGGAAUGGAAGGUAAUGUCACACCAGGACAUUACGACGAACAAGAAAAUUUCUUUGCACAAGUGCGAGGCUACAAAAGAUUUAUUCUCUUCCCGCCCACACAGUUUGCCUGCAUGUACCCAUACCCCAUAUAUCAUCCCUGUGAUCGACAAAGUCAGGUUGACUUUGAAAAUCCAGACUUUACAAAGUUUCCAAAAUUCAAAGAAGCUUCUGGUUUAGAGACAGUAGUGGGGCCUGGAGAUGUCUUAUAUAUUCCCAUGUACUGGUGGCACCAUGUUCAGUCUCUCCCUUCUCAUGGCUACACUAUUUCUGUCACCUUUUGGUACAAGGCAGGGCAGUCAGAAAAGAUAGAAUAUCCAUUAAAACCCAAACAGAAGGUGGCUAUGAUGAGAAACAUAGAGAAAAUGAUACACCAGGCUUUAAACGAUUCCUCAGAGAUGCCGGAGUUUAUGAGCAAUAUGACAUUGGGACGAUACACAUGAACUGUGAUCAUCAUCAACAUCAUCAUCAAGUAUAUUGGACUUAACAAAUUUCUGUGAUUAUGACUUUUAUGCCAGGUCUCUGAUUGGUUCAUGUUGUUACAAUAUCUGCUGCCAGACACAAGUCUCUGAUUGGUUCAUGUUGUUACAAUAUCUGCUGCCAGACACAAGUCUCUGAUUGGUUCAUGUUGUUACAAUAUCUGCUGCCAGACACAAGUCUCUGAUUGGUUCAUGUUGUUACAAUAUCUGCUGCCAGACACAAGUCUCUGAUUGGUUCAUGUUGUUACAAUAUCUGCUGCCAGACACAAGUCUCUGAUUGGUUCAUGUUGUUACAAUAUCUGCUGCCAGACACAAGUCUCUGAUUGGUUCAUGUUGUUACAAUAUCUGCUGCCAGACACAAGUCUCUGAUUGGUUCAUGUUGUUACAAUAUCUGCUGCCAGACACAAGUCUCUGAUUGGUUCAUGUUGUUACAAUAUCUGCUGCCAGACACAAGUCUCUGAUUGGUUCAUGUUGUUACAAUAUCUGCUGCCAGACACAAGUCUCUGAUUGGUUCAUGUUGUUACAAUAUCUGCUGCCAGACACAAGUCUCUGAUUGGUUCAUGUUGUUACAAUAUCUGCUGCCAGACACAAGUCUCUGAUUGGUUCAUGUUGUUACAAUAUCUGCUGCCAGACACAAGUCUCUGAUUGGUUCAUGUUGUUACAAUAUCUGCUGCCAGACACAAGUCUCUGAUUGGUUCAUGUUGUUACAAUAUCUGCUGCCAGACACAAGUCUCUGAUUGGUUCAUGUUGUUACAAUAUCUGCUGCCAGACACAAGUCUCAGAUUUGUCUGCAAUGUCUCAAAUUUUACUGCAGACACAAGACAAAAGCAAAUUUAUCAGGAAAUUCAGUGUGUCAUGCAAAACCUGUUUGUUUUUAUCACAUUUUAAAGAGGAUUAAAGCAUCGAGGUGCUCUUUUAGCUCUGACUCCAGUUAUGUAUAGCCAUGAGCUAAUUUUGUGCCUGACAUUCGUAUCCAACCUGAAAACUUAAAAGGUUUUAGGGUAAGGUUUUUUAAAUGCUGCUAACUCCAUAAGGAUGCCAUGAGCAAACUUCUGGUUCAGCAGAUGUAUUUUAGGUGUGAUAUAAUGACAAUUGUAUGUUGGAAUCAUUUGUAAUUUUUCCUGAUUUUUUGAUUGGCUUACUAACUUAGAGGUACGCCUUUAUGUUUUAUGUAACCUACAUUUUCUCAAAAUUGUUUUUUGAUGCUAAAACAAAGGUUUAGCCAUGGCUGCUGCCAGUAAGUUUCAGUCUUUUAUUGAGUUUAUCCUAAAAUCAGCCUCGCUCACAGGCUGUUUACUGACAAUUCGAUGCCUAGGUUAUUUGUGUAGCAGUAGUACAAAACUAAGGUCUUUAUGACAGACCUAGGAUAGAGACAAGGUUUGUGCCUCCUUUAAAGACAGAGCCUAAUACUCCACCUUUAUUUCUGCUGCAUCAUCAGGACAUUUUCUACCUAACAGUGCUGGGUUUACUCGAUACAUUUACAUAGUGCUGUUUAUAGUAGUGUUAGUUUAUCAUGUUUGUUAAAGUUUGCUUAUCAUUACAUGAAUUGAUGUUGUUCAUAACUUAUUUUUGUCUUGUGGUGAUAAUUAAUGUCUCAAUGAUAAAAUGUAUGAGAUUGCAAUGCAAUCUAACAGGCAGUUUUAUAAUGAGUUGUCCUUCUUUGUUAUUGUGUAUGUGACAUAAGGAAGUUUUAUACUGAGUCGUCUUUCUUUGUUAUUGUGUAUGUGACAUAAAGAAGUUUUAUACUGAGUCGUCUUUCUUUGUUAUUGUGUAUGUGACAUAAAGGGAUUAAUUGGUCACAAUGAAAAGCUUUGAUUUUUAUGAAACUUCUACAAAUACUAGUUGUGUCAAUUAACUGUGGCAUAUUCAUGUAUCAACCGUGAUAUGAAAUUGAGUGAUUUUGGCACUUGAAUUGUUUAGUGAGAGAUUUCUUGAAAAAUUGCAUUUAUUUUCAUGAAAGUUCCUGAAAUACCUAUGGAAUCAUAGGAUUGCAAUGAAACUUGUAUAGUUUAUACUUACUGCACAACUGCCUUGCUCAAGGUCAAUGUCCCAAAAAAUUCACAAAUAUUUCAUAUGGCUUCUAUGAUCUGAUUUAUAAUACGACAGAAAAUAUGUUGCAUUUUUAGCACAGGGUAAAGUUGCCCUGGGGGUGUGGUUUGUUGUCCAUCCUAAACAGGUCUGAUUAUUGCCUAUCUCAAAAAACUACUGAACUCCAUUUCUUUAGAAGCUUCCCCUUUGUCCAUAUUUCUGCAUGUUUGUUUAGGACAGAUUUGAAAAACAUAAUGGCCGCUAGACAGACGCUUUGGAUUUUGACAUUUCAAGAUUGUUAUUUCUAUUUCACAAGAAAUACUUGACAGAUCUUUCAGCUAUUUCAGUUUUAUUCAGUUCGAGAUUAUUAUUGCUGUUUCUUUUAUGAUAUGAUGGGUGCAAAAAUUCCUCUGAGAUCUCUUGUAUUCUUUAAUUCUGGGGAAAUUGCAAUCAGCCGUCAUUCCAGGUAAACUGGUGUUGGACACAAGUCAACAUCUGUAGAAUUCUUGUUACACCAUUGUUGUUUAGUUUCAUUGAUGAAUGUCUCUUGUGUAUAGGACUGUGUUAGUUCACAUUCAGAAGGGAAAAUAUUUGCCUGAUCUCCAUUGAAAUUGUUUUACAAAUAUAUCCAAUUGUAUAUAUUUAGCAUUACCACAUUAUUAUGAUCCUGCAACAGAUUUCAUUGUAUUUUUUUACAAUUAGCGCAUCUACCUUUAGUACAAGUUUUCACACCUUUGUUUGCUAACAUUAGUAAAAGGUAUCACAUCAUUGUUUGCUAACAUAAGUACAAGUUAUCACAUCAUUGUUUGCUAACAUAAGUACAAGUUAUCACA